CUUGAAAUUACCGUGGCCGCUGGACGGGGGAAGGGAAGCUGAGAUUGGAGGGAGAAACAGUCAGAAACUGAGUUUUCAGAUAUUGUGUACAUAUGACAGCCUCUCCUCGGGACUCUGACCAUACAAGAACUCUUUCCAUGACCCACAUCUCACUGGACACCUUCACUUCUUACUUUGGACGUGAGCUGCUGUUUCACGUGAGGCUGAAGACAUAACACAGCUUUGAUUCAAGUGAAUUAAACUGCAACUGUACUGGUAACCUCUAGAUGCAAACUGGAUUUGUGCUGAGUGCCAAAGUAAUGAAGUGUCUCGGACAGGGAGAGCCCAGCCCUGAACAGCAAUGUCAUUAUCCAGCAUCUGUGUACGUCUGAUGGGGCUGAGGAGUGGACCCACCGGACAAGCAGAUCUGCGGAGAAGAGGAAGGAGGCAGGUUUCCAGGAAACUUGUGCAUUGAUGGAUAGCCAUUUCCUUGUGUCAGCUCUUGUAGACCGAUACCUGCACAUUCCUGUCAGUUUACACCCUCAAGGUUGGACUUUAUAGUAGCUAAUAAAACCAAGCUGCCAUCACAACCACACAAUCAUUGCUACAACACAGAAAAGGAGAAUAAUAUGAUGGGCACAUAAUGGAUUUCUUCUGCAAGUGAUAGUUUUGGUAAAUCACACUUGUGACUGUGGACAUUGAGUUCUCUAUGUAUAUGAGGAAAAGAGGAGAAAAGCAUAGAUAUUUGCAGUCACUACUAAUGUGCACUACAGAAACCAUGGUGGUCCUUGCAUCGGCUCCUCAGCCCAUCUCAGUCCAUGACUACAGAAGCCUUUAGAGGCUAGGAUCAGGAACCGCUCGCCAGCUAACACAUAUUACUCAUAUGCAAUGGAAGAAGACAUUGAUGUCACAUCCCACACUGAGGGCCUGAAUGGUUUGUCCCGUGAAUUUAAACCAUUAGAGGAUAUCACCAAUGGACACUCCAACCAUAAGCCUGUCAUGAACGGACUGAUUAUUAGUCAUAAUGUCAAAGACCACACCAACGGCAAUGCACCACUCAGAUCCCUGCCGAUUUCAGCACUGAAGCAGAAUGGUCUUCUGCAGACCUUGGCAGGAGGGGACCAGCCUAAGCCUGCAGAGGAAAAUGUGGAGUUGGAAAAGGCCAGAGAAGAGUGGGAGGCACUGGAGAACAUCCAACCAGCUAUCACUGAGGACUCAAACCCUACUCCGCUCAUCUCCUUCAAUGAAGCCCUGCAGUACUUCCAGACCACAGACCUCGGGGACUUGUUGAAGAACAUCCAGCCAACCCUACGCAGGACAGGUCUUGCCGCGAUCACACAUUUCCUCUUCGGCCCUCCACGGCUGCACAGGGAACUCCUGGAGGAGAGGGAUCUGGUCUUUGCCAUCGCACAGUGCCAUGUGGACAACAGCCAAACAGUCCACAUGCGUGUCCUCCAGACCAUUUAUAAGAGGCUGAUUGGCAGCAGGCUGGACUGUCCUCGCUUUGGGGCGCACUGGGAAAACAUCGGCUUUCAGGGUACAGACCCAGCCACUGACCUACGUGGCACUGGUUUCCUAGGACUGAUGCAUACGCUGUACUUUGUGAUGGACCCAGAGACUCUACCGUUGGCUAGAGACAUCUACAAGUUAUCACAACACCCUGAACAGAACUUUCCAUUCAGUGUGAUGUCAAUCAACAUGACCCGCAUCGCUCUGCAAGUACUCAGAGAGGAGGCCUUGUCCAAGGAGUGCAAUCGUCGGCAGCAAGUGGUUGGUGUGCUGAAUGAGUUCUACGUCGCCACGUAUUUGCACCUGUACCAACUGUGGAAGACCCAACAGAAGACCAUCGUUGACUCUGGCUUUGUACUAAAAGAAGUGGAGCUGUUUGCCAAAAAGAACCCCAAGCAGAUGCUGCGCCGACUAGAGGUCUUCCUGAAAGAGAGGCGGGCAGGUGGAAUCCCCCGUGGGACAUCGCCAGACCCUCAGGCCCAACAGCCCUCUCCUUGCCUGGGGGCCAGAGCCGGUUCGGGACAGGGAAGCAAGGGAAAGGAGAUGCACUUCACAGGAGUGUGUGAACUUCCGCCAGACAUGGAGGGAGAGGCCAGACUCAUCUAAGCUAGACUCUGUGUGUGUGAGUGAGUGAGUGAGUGAGUG